CAUUUUCUCCUCUACUUUUUCUUAUUGAUUGAAUCAAAUUGGAUAAGCCUCUGGGUCUGGGUUUUAGGGUUUUUGAAGCGAGAAGACAUUCACUCACAGUUCCAUCUACAUCGACAGAUCCAAACUCCGUAUCACAGGAUUAGAUUAAAAGACUCGAAGAGAAGCAGCCAUGGCAAGUUUGAUAAUGGCCACACCAUUCCCAGGUUGUAUCACUAAAUGCAAGAAAACAAACAGCCUGUAUGUUCAGAGAGCCUUUAGGGUAACAUCUAUGCAGACAGAGAAACCAUUGGAGGAGCUGUACAACGUUAAAGUGGAACGCAAAGUGUCACAGAGAAGGUUGGAGGAGCUCGGGGUUUCGAGAUGGUCAGUUUGGAAGACAGGGAAGUGCAAGUUGCCAUGGGAUUGGCAGGUGGAUCAGUUGGUUUACAUUGAAGAAGGAGAGGUUCGAGUUGUACCUGAAGGAAGCAAGAGGUAUAUGCAGUUUUUGGCUGGAGAUCUUGUUCGGUAUCCGAAAUGGUUAGAGGCGGAUCUCUUCUUUAACGCUCCUUACCGUGAACGGUAUUGUUUCAAGGCGUAUGGUGAUGAUUGAUUUUGAAAGUAGAGUUGAGUUUUAGAGUCAAGAAACUUUACACUUGUGUGUUUGUUGUAAGCCUGAUGGAUCUUUCUGUGGUAAUGUUAAGAGAACAAAUUUUCUUCAAUUCAGAAUUUGUAGUACUUACCUUAGUAAAAGUGUAAAACAGAGCAGUUUCAGGCAUCUUUGACGGUUCUCAGA